AUGCAGGGCUACUACUCCCACAUGAUGACUAGCACCAAUGUCCCUGAUUAUGUCUUUGGGAAUGGUAAUACAUAUUCAUAUUCAUAUUCACUCCCUAUAAACAAUACUGUGCCACCAAAUGUCCCAUGGCUGUUUGGGCCGCAAACAAAUUUGGAAGGAAUCGCCUUCUGGUAUCGAUCCGAUCAAGCCGAGCUUAUGCCUCGACGACAACACAUCUUGAAGAACAGGCCAAACUCUACGCCUGGGGCGGACUCCGUAAAGCAUCGUCGGACUCGCAAUGGAUGUUUUACCUGCCGCAAUCGAAGGGUCAAAUGUGAUGAAGCUCGGCCCAUCUGCGAUCGUUGUCGCAAGGGAAAUAGAACUUGCGAGUUUCCACCACCGGUCAAACCAUCAAAGCGGAAGCACAGGCCUUCAGGAAAUCAGACAGUUUCGCGUCCCACCGGCCCAACACCGGACGAGGACGAUGGACAUUCAAAGGGUUCGGAAACUGCUCAGAACGCUGAUGAACCGAGCGCCAACGCUGCAGAUGCUUCGAAUCGCCCAUCUCCGGUCGAAAAGGCGGAAACAGAGGAUGAUCAUACGCCAGUCAAGCCUAAGGUUCAGAAAUCAGACUCUUGUUCAAGCGCAACCAAAUACAAGGGCAUCUCACCAUCUACCGAUGAGUGGGAGUCCAUCUCAGCAUCGGCCACACCUCCUUCGUCGCUCCGAAGUGGGACUUUUCCUUCUUCUUCAACCAUAAGUGUGCCAGACCGCAACAAUGGACCGCUCCGUUGGGCUCACCUGCCUGCGGACCUACAGAAGUAUUUACAGUACCAGCAAGACUUCAUGACCUACUAUCAUUACUUCUUCAAGCUUGAUAACAACAACUUCCUCCACAACGAAUUUAUAGACCUCGCUCUAGAGAACGAGUCCCUCUUGUAUGCGGCAGUGGGAUUUGCAGCAUAUCACCACACCCUCGAACAGCCAGAUGGCAAGUUAUCAGAUUUCCUCGGCUAUUACAGUAAAGCUGUGUCCUUGCUAAGAUUCUCGUUAGAGGAAGGACAACAGAGAACAGCAGCAACAUUCUUGACGAUUUUACAGCUGGCGACAUUUGAAGAAUACCUGGGUGAUUGGGUCCAUCUUUGCGGACACCAUCGGGCGGCACAUCAUCUUCUCAUAGAGCUAUACACUCCUCAAACAAUUCUGCAGACCGAGACCGGUCGACAGAUUUUUGCGUGGUACUCACGAUUCGACGUUAUCGCCGGCCUCAUGGCUGGGAACCAGACUGUUCUUGGUCGAGAGUGGUACAUCGAAUUCCAAGCGUAUUACGAAGACCAAAUCGACCCUGAAGAUGUCGACAUCGAGAAUAACCUGGCGGCUGCAAGUGCUGCUACUCGUCUAAUCGGCAUGGACAUGGCUGCUUUGUUCGCUCAGCUACCUCAAGGAUCCAUUAGCAUUCAGGAGUUCACCGUGCAAAGCGAGAAGCUAUCACAAAGAAUUCUCCAUCUGCGGGAGAGGAUAGAGACACUGAACGAUGGAUACUACACCGUGCAUGAGUUCCCAGACCAACAUCCUCUUGGUCCAGAUGAUAUAGUCGACCCUUACAAGGCAGGGGGUCUUUUCAGAGAUGUCUUCUGGCCGCUCAACUAUCUGUGGAUUGAUUGGUAUGGUAUGUACCAAAUGCACACCCUGCAGACCAUGACCAUACUUCAGCGACCUUUUCCGCCAAUAAUGGAAGCCCUAUCAUUAGACCAGUGCAGGAUCUUCGAGGCCAUAGAGAGAUGGCCCGCCAGUCCUAGAGGCAGCAUUUUGGGUGCACACGAGAGCCUCGGUAUUGCAGCUGUUUUCAUCAAGAAGGACGAGAGGCAUACGAUGUGGUGUAGAAGGAAAAUGGCCAUUAUUGAGCAGAAAGGAUACAUGUUCCCUGCUACAUUCCGCAAGAAAAUGGCGGAGAUGUGGGCUCUGCCAGAGAUCAACCACUGGUGGCUUCCCAACGACGAGGGAUUUUCACCUUUACUACGAGAAAUUCGAGCGUUCAGUGAACAGAGAACAAGUCUUGAACUUGACGAGUCGAGUGAAAAAGUACGAGAUAUUAGUGCAAUAUUCUCUGGUUUAGAUGGCCAGCUACAAGGGAAUACUUCGAACCUCCAAAGCAGUUGA